AUGGCAUCCCCGGAAGGAUCAAACUGGGUAUUCGACUGCCCUCUCAUGGACGACCUUGCUGCCGCCGACUUCGCCGCGGCAUCCACAGGAGGCUUCUACUGGACCCCGCCGAUGCAGCCGCAGAUGCACACUCUUGCGCAGGCCGUCUCCGCCACCCCGGCUCCCAAUCCCUGGUAUGUAAUUGCGGUUUCUCCUCUUCUCAGUGCUGAAAUCAAUAGCUCUGUUUCGGUGGACUGGGACCAUGCCAAAGGACAACCGAAAAAUAAACGUCCUAGGUCAGAAACUGGUGCUCAACCUAGCUCCAAAGCAUGCAGGGAGAAAGUGAGAAGGGACAAGCUAAACGAGAGGUUCUUGGAAUUGGGUGCUGUCUUGGAUCCGGGGAAAACACCUAAAAUCGACAAAUGUGCUAUAUUAAAUGAUGCUAUCCGUGCAGUAACUGAAUUGCGUAGUGAGGCAGAGAAGUUGAAGGAUUCAAACGACUCUCUCCAAGAGAAGAUUAGAGAGCUAAAGGCUGAGAAGAAUGAGCUGCGAGAUGAGAAGCAAAAGUUGAAGGCGGAGAAAGAGAGCCUGGAGCAGCAGAUUAAGUUCAUGAAUGCCCGUCAGAGCCUCGUACCACACCCUUCUGUCAUCCCAGCUGCUGCAUUCGCUGCCGCCCAAGGCCAAGCGGCAGGGCACAAGCUGAUGAUGCCUGUAAUGAGCUACCCAGGAUUUCCCAUGUGGCAGUUCAUGCCGCCUUCAGAUGUUGAUACCUCGGAUGACCCCAAGUCAUGCCCUCCGGUUGCAUAG